UGCAGGAGCGGCUGCUUUUGUCGACUUCGUGGAGCACAGUGGAUGGCGGGAGGAGGAUAGACAGACCCUGGGAGGCACAUCUCUUCUGCAGUACCAAAUUGGGCUAGGUAGACGGCUUGCAAGUGAUGGCAGCUCAAGAGGUGAAGAAGGUGCCGGCAGCGCCUGGGCGAGUUACGGCAAGUGAAACCAUUCCCACGUGUGAGCUAGAAAACUUGUCAGCUGAAUAGAUCUUCUUGUUUCUUACUGGGGAAACGGAGGCCUUGGAAAGGGACGUUAUCAAAAGAACGACACAGUAACUAUCCGCACUAGAAAGUUCAUGACCAACCGACUGCUUCAAAGGAAACAAAUGGUCAUUGAUGUCCUUCACCCCGGGAAGGCAACAGUGCCUAAGACAGAAAUUCGGGAAAAACUAGCCAAAAUGUACAAGACCACACCGGAUGUCAUCUUUGUAUUUGGAUUCAGAACUCAUUUUGGUGGUGGCAAGACAACUGGCUUUGGCAUGAUUUAUGAUUCCCUGGAUUAUGCAAAGAAAAAUGAACCCAAACACAGACUUGCAAGACAUGGCCUGUAUGAGAAGAAAAAGACCUCAAGAAAGCAACGAAAGGAACGCAAGAACAGAAUGAAGAAAGUCAGGGGGACUGCAAAGGCCAAUGUUGGUGCUGGCAAAAAGCCGAAGGAGUAAAGGUGCUGCAAUGAUGUUGUCUAUGGCCGUUGUGGAUUUUUCACGAGAAGCUUAAUAAACUAAAAACUUUCAUGUGUCUGGUUGUUUGAAA